AUGGGUUGCAUGCAGCGUCUACUCAACGUAGUCCUUCCCUGUGUCUUUUGCUUAUUUCAGGAGGCUCUGUUGGACGGUGUGAUGGCAUGCAGGAAUAUUCAUAAGACGCUCUACGUACUCGGUUGCUUCUUCACUGGUCGAAGCCAUCUUGCUUAUCCUUGCCCUUUGGUGCAACUCAAAAAAAAAAAGCCGAAUUUGCGCUGUAUCGGCGCCGCAAACCUAAUUCCUCCGGAUCUCUCACUUCCUCUGGCAGCUGUACAGCGUUUGAGCUGUGGGAAUCAUCUGGUGACAGUAUACUACCACGAGAGAAUGGCGGGCAGGGGGGUAAUUCCCCCUUGCUAG